CUAAUGUUCUUUGUACGUUACAGUCGCGUGACCUUAGAUCAUCAAUGCGGAUCCCACCAUUCUUCGAAUCUCACCCUUGACAUAUAUAAAUUUCCUGUCAUUUCGACACAUUCAUUGUUACGUUAAUCAAAAUUUGUAUUUACAUUUAAUCAUAAUUCAUCCAUUUCAUGUAUUAAAUUCUAGUAAUAAAAUAUAAAUUUUCCUUCAUCUUCAUUCUUGAAAUAAAAUCAAAAAAAUGUGUUCAAGAUGCGUUUGUUCAAGUCAGGAUGACUCUUUUGUUAAAAACCCCCAUCUCUGCGAUUUAAAAGAAGAUCAUUUAUAUCAUUUAUCUUUGAAUACCAAUAUGGAUCUGGAAGAGAUGUUUAGUGACGUUAAAUUCGUAUGCACAGGAGGAACUGCAAAUAGAAUGCGAAGUUUUGCAGAAUAUGUAGCUCAAGAAAUUGGACACCAAUUUCCAACUGGGGUCCAAAUGAAAAAUAUAAGUGCUCCUGCCGAUAGAUAUAGCAUGUAUAAAGUUGGACCUGUACUUAGUGUGAGCCACGGAAUGGGUAAUCCUUCGAUGGGAAUUCUCACCAAUGAACUGAUUAAAUUAAUGUACUACGCUAAAUGUAAGGAUCCGAUAUUCUUCAGGAUUGGAACAUGCGGGAGUAUAGGACAUGAAGGAGGUACAGUUAUUAUUUCUGAUGACUGCUGUGAUGGGUUCCUUAAGACAUCUUACACUAUACCAGUCCUGGGGAAACCUUUUGAAAGGCGUGCUCAACUUGACCAAGGAUUAAUCAUCGAACUCAAAGAUCUAAUAGAUAAAAAUGAUAAUUUUAAAGUUGUCUCUGGAACUACAAUGUGUGCUGAGGAUUUUUACGAAGGUCAAGGACGAUUGGACGGUCCCUUUUGCAAAUUUUCAGAAGAAGAUAAAAUGCAAUUUUUGUACAGACUAAGCGGUAAAGGCAUUAUAAAUAUGGAAAUGGAGUCAACUGCUUUUGCAGCUCUAACUAAAGCUGCGGGAAUCAAAGCAUCAGUUGUAUGCGUCUCACUUAUAAACAGACUAAAAGGAGAUCAGGUAACUACUCCGAAAAAUGUAUUAGAUGAAUGGCAGAAAAGACCUCAAGUGCUUGUAGCAAGAUAUAUUAAGAAAAAUUUAUGCUGUUCAUGUAAAUAGAUUUAACUACACACAAAAAAGGUGACUCACUUUCACAAUCCAUUCCAUUUUAUAUUGUCAUAUUUAAUUUUUCAAAUAAAUUAUUUUAUUACUAA